UUUGGAAUGAUAAAAAUUACCCCCGAAGACCUGUUUGUUGAGAAAUCAGGAUGAUUGAGAAGUUGAGUUUGACUUCCGACAGGCUCCUUUCACACCAACAACUCCCUUGUUGUAACUCUUACUGUGGAAUUCCAAUGUGUGGCAAGAAAAUGCUGAUUUACAAACAUGUGGACACAAAUCAGAAGCCGCUCUUGUUAACCGGCCACCACAACGAUAUUACUGCCAUGACAUUUGGAAAAGGAAGUAGUCCAGUCCUUCUGUGCUCUGCCUCUGCUGAUUACAUAAUUGUCUGGGACAUCGAACUGUGCCAGAAGAGAAGCAUGGAGGGUGAAGUUGCAGCUGGAACAAUUAUUGGGACUUUACUGGGUGACAUAGCCUAUCUUUCAUUCUGUUUCUCUGAUGAAAGAGUGGCUGCAUGUUCUGGAAGGACUGUGCACAUACUCAGCUCAAAGAGACAAGAAGUGAUCGCUACACUGUCCAGCCAUAUGGGACUUGUGACAUCUGGUGAGUUUUGUCCAUGGAAUAAGGAUAUUUUUGUCACAACAUCAGAGGACCGAACAUUUAAGGUGUGGAACUUGAACACACAUUCAGUUUGCUACCAGUCUUUUGUGUUGUCAGCGUGUCCUCUGCUCACUGUUCUGUUGUUAGAGGAGACUCGACACAUCAUCACUGGCUCAGCUGAUGGACAGGCUUGGUGCUUUUCUCUCUCUGAUGACCACAAGUGUCACCUGGUAACCAGUGUUGACCUUCACAACAUAGAAAAAAGACAUCAACGGCACCUACAGACGGUGGAACAUCAACCAGGAGGUGCAGAAGUUAAAGUAGAAGAUUCAAAGCCUGUACUCAAAAUGGCCUUCUAUGGAUCAGUUACUGACACCAAUAAGGACUGCAGCUGGUUAUGCAUUGGAAGCUCUGAUGGACUGUAUGUGGUUGAUCUCGCUACUUCAGAGCUCCUAACGGCUCUGUAUUUCAAAGAUCACCCAAACCUGAGCAUCAAAGUGGCUGGCUCCUGGUCCAUUUCUCCACGGCAGGAUGACUCUAUGGUGGUGUCUCUGGUUAGUGCUUUAUUUGCUCCAAAUGUUGCUCUGAUGGAGUUUAGUCUGACUGACUUUGGAAGGAUCUUGGCUGGAGGGGAAGGACUUUCAGUUUUUGCAAGCUCACCUCCUCUCUUGGAAUCUCCUCUCACUGCUGAGUUGAAAAAAACAGCGCCUCACCACCCUAAAAAGAAAGGCGAUAUGAAGGAACAUCCUCUGGUCUUCCACACAAAAGUGAAAUCAUCUGGAUACACUGCUUCCCCAAGAAGGAUGAUGUUUUCUCCGAAAACAAAUGUUCAGAAGAACCCAGCUUCGGCAUCAUCUACAAAGAGCACAGGUUUGCUGAUCAGAGAUUAUCCAGCAGAAAGUGCGGCACCAAGUAUACCACAGGUGCAUCUUACCAUUGCGAAUAAACCAAUUUACUGCCUUCAGUAUUCAGGUGAUGGGAAAGAAAUCCUGUGUGGUCUUGGAGACAGUUCUCUGUUAUUAUACAAAUCCUCGCUUACUGGGAAGCCAAAUGUCUGCACAGGUCAUGACAAACUGGUGAGCAGUGUGAGCUGGAGCCUCAGUAGGCAGUGGUGGUUAAGUGCAUCAGAGGAUCAGACGGUCCGAAUUUGGACCCACGACAGUCCAGAGCCUGCUAUCAUCAUGAGGGAAGAUCUGUUCUCCAAACCCAUCAGAAAUGCUCAGUUCUAUUACCUUGACAAGUUUGUGCUUCUGUCAUCUGGACCCAAUCUGUUCUUGUACCUGUAUGAUGUGGAUGUCACAUGUGACGACAUCAAAAGAUACGAAAAACGGAGUGUCAUCAAAUUGGCAAAACAGUUUAAGGUAACAUCAGCGACAGGCAUCACUGCCCUGAGUGCAGUCAACGAUUUCUGUUCUUACAUCGUUCUGGUGUGUGGUUCAGAUCGCUCUAUUCAAAUAUUUGACAUGAACAAAGCUGCAGUUGCUUCAGAGCUGCUGGAUGCCCACAGAAGACCCAUUCACUACAUCACACAGAACAAGGGCUCCAUGUUCAGCACACAGACGCCAGAGUCAUACAACCUGUUCCUCACCACUGCAGUCACAGAUGGAUUAAAGAUUUGGGACCUUCGUACAAUUAGGUGCGUCCGCCGUUACGAUAACCAUCUAAAUCGCUGCCAUCCUUGCACUGCAGCCAUCUCACCAUGUGGACGUUUCAUUGCCUCAGGCUCUGAGGAUAACUGUGCUUAUGUGUACGACAUCCGUAGCAGCAGCUAUCUCCACAAACUUCAAAAACACUCAGAUACAGUGCUGACUGUCACUUUUAACCCUGCCACACCACAGUUGCUGACCGGAACCCUGGAUGGAAAGCUGAGACUGUUUAAGUCCAGCAGUGGGGAAUGUCUGUCUCAUGAAACCAGUGCUCCUGUGUGCAGUGCCCUCGAUUUCAAUAUGUCCCGGCAAUGAAAAUGUUCUUUUUUGCUUGGUGUUAUAUGGUACUAAUUCCAUCUGUCACCCAGUCGGUAUUUUGACAGUCUUUGUUAAAGUUGUCUACACACCACCUGAUGAAUCUUGCUUCAACUGAGGCGUAAAUUCUUUCAUUAAUUUGAGCAAAUAGCUUCAGUUUGUGUAUUAAUCCACAUUGUUUAACUACACUGUUUUUUCAUUAUUGCUUCAUUUCUGUGUGGAUAUGACAUGCUAGAUGGUCACACAUCAAACUUUAUAAGUGUUUUUAGUGUGUGGAACAGACAUGGUAUUAGAUUGCUGGCUGGGACCGCAACAUAAUUGUCUGCAUCAGGGCUAUGACAUCAGCUUGGGUGCGACCUCUACAGCUGCCAGACAAUACAGAUGCUACUACUGUUCACAUUGACACACCCUUCUACAUUGUUUGAGCUCAACAAUUUCUUUUCCUCCAGCUCAGUCCCAACAAAAUGUCAGUUGUGUUGACUGUAUAAGAACAGGAUAAUUAAUGGAGGAGUCUUAUUACAAUAAAUCUGUUUCUGUGUUUGAGA